AUGCUGACUUGUGUGGAGGAUGUGAAUCCCCUCCUUUGUGGCCUUGUCGGUGCGGUUGGUGCGGUCUCUAGUACCUUUGCAGCGACGGUGGCUCGUGCGGUACAUGUUGAAGUUUUAGAUGUCAUCAACGCCAUUAAGCUUGCUUGGCUUCAUGCGUGGCAUAAGGUUGAUUGGCAGAAUUGCUUGCAUCGUCUCCACCGCAUGUUGUUUAAGAUUUCUCAAUUAUUUCGUGAGGGUAAUCAUGGAGUUGAUGCUUUGGCAAAUCACAGUAUUCAGGGCUUUGGUUUCACAUGGUGGGACACUGCACCUUCAUUUAUUUUGUCUUCGUCAUCGAGACUAGCUGGGCAUGCCUAG